CCGUCCUCGCGCCAAGUGACGAGAAUCGGCGUGCAAACACAAUUUAUUAAGAAUCAUUCCGACUCGCUUAUGUAUUUUCUCCGAUUUGACAAUGGCCGCGAACGCUAAUUCGAAACAGGUUUACAAAGGAGGACUUCAGCUGCCUAUCUCGAGGAUAAGGACCAUCAUGAAGAGUUCCCCAGACGUGGAAAACAUAGGACAAGAUUCUCUCUUUCUCAUUGCUAAAGCAGCGGAGUUGUUUAUUCAGACAUUGGCUCAACGAGCUUGUGAAGAUUCAAAAGGACUUAAGGAUAUUGGCUAUAACCACGUUGCUGAGGUUAUUCAGACCGACGACGAAUACGAUUUCCUUAGAGAAAUCCUGCCAAGAAAAGUUAAGGUGAAAGAUAUUCCUGGUCUUGAGUACAAAACCGAGGGCGAUGAGGAAGGAAGUGACGAAGAGGAGGAGCCUACUGAGGAAGGUGCAGAGGAGCAGGGUGUAAGCGAAGGAGAGGAGUCGUCUUAAUUUUUAAAAAUUAAUUGCUAUUUAUUUCGUGCAUGAAGGGUAAUUAAAGUCAAUAAAAGAUGUUGGGAUCAACUUUAAAAA